AUGAGUACUAAUAGUCUAAAUUAGGAGGCUUUUUAAUAGCAAUUUAUGGAGGAAGAAAUAAAAGAUGACAACUAUGUAUUUGACGAAUUCGCAGAUGUCAACCAAAUCGAGCCAAACUUCAGGAUUAAAAAUGGAGAAGUAGUUCACUCUCAUUUUUGCUAGAAAGACUAAAUAUAGUAGACUUAAUAUAUGCAGGGAAUGGAUGAUAACUCUCCUGAGAAUCAAUAUUAAGUAGACAGCGAUGAAGAGGAGGAUGAAGAUGAUGACUAGUAUCAAGAUGAAUCUGAUGUAAGUGGCGACUCUCAGAACAACUACUAUGAUAAUGGAUCUGAUUUUGAGCAAUCAUGCAGUGAAAUGAAUCAACACCAAUAUCAUAAUUAGACUACUACUGCUUCAGAUGGCUCCAUUGACCCCAAUUUAAUUUAGCAGGAUAUGAAUGAUUAAAGGCAUCAUCCAAAUCAACAGUAUAAAAAUCAACAAAAUUAGCAAUACUACUAAUAAUAGAAUUUCAAUAGAUAAAGUUAAAUGAUGGGAGGUCCCUAAAAUGCUAAUGUUUAUAACCCUAACUUUGACCCUCAGAAUAACUAAUCUUAGAUAGAAAAGUUUAACAAAAUUUAACAGAAAAAGAAGGAGGAGCUUGAUUAGUAACUUACUAAUAUGCUAAUUCAUCUUUAUAAUGGCAAAAAGCCAGAAGAGUAUGUAAAAGAGUAUAAGAUUAUUAUUGAGGAUCUAAAUAAUGUAGGCCUUACAGCAGAAAGCUUAUUGGAUCUAUUCAAGCGCAAGAUCUAAGAAAUCAUUGGUUAAGUCCGGGACAAAUUAAACAAAGAUUCUAAAGAUUAGAAACUAAUAGUUGAAAUUUAAAGUGACUAGAAGGAGUUGAACCAGAAUCUUACACCUGAAUAAUUGCAAUAAUUAUAGCAGCAACAAUAAUAGCAAUAGCCUAUACAACAACAGACAUAGGUUACAAGACAAAAUGUGCAUCAAACUAAUACUAAUUAGUAGAAUAAUCAGCCCCCUAAUUAGAACAGAGGAUAGAACUAAUAGCAAUAAAAUCAAUAAUAACAGCAACAGCCAACUCAAUAAAAUCAGGAAUAGCAGUAAAUUUAGUAACAAAAUAACCAGAUGCCAUACACUCUAAGAGCUACUAAAUACUAAGAUGAAAAAGUUAAGUAUGAUGAGAUUCUAUCAGCUAUAGGAGAGUACUUUGAGCUAUUCAAGAACAAUACAAAUCUCUUAGAAGAUAUGUGGCUAUAGAUAUUGACUUUCUUAAACUUUAAUCCUUCCACUCAAACUACCUAAUUCAAAAAGAUUCACUAUACAUUUUACAACAAGAAUGUUUUAUAGAAUCCAUAUAUUAAGACUUUGAUAAACGAGGGUAUAGAGGCAUUGGAUCGUAAGGAUGGUUCUGAUUAGCUUGGGUAAUAUCUAGAGAAAAUCAAUGAGAUUAAGGAGGGUGUUAACUUUCCUGAUGAAACUUACGAAACAUUUAUCAAGACUUUAAAUAGAUCAUUCGAUUUUAACAAAAAAGCUCGUGAGCUUAAUUUGAAUACUAAGGAAGUAUUAUAGCUUUAAUCCUAGACCAAAUCAGCAGUUCUAAGGAGAUUAGAACUAGGAAACCUAGAGAAGAAGAAAUAGGAAGAGAAACAAUAAAAGCACAUCAAACCCAUAAUAGGUUCAAAGUAAGAUUAAAAUAGAUUUUAUACAUCUGAUAAAGCCAACUAAACUAAUGUGUAAAAUGAAAUCAACUAGAAAUUGCAGUAAAUGGAUUUAGAUGAGCUUAUCAGCUUUAUUGAGUAAAAUGAUAAAUCUAAAGGACAGUAGAAUUAGCAGAAUCCAUAAGCAGUAGCAACUUAAAAGAAAACCAAAGGUAAAAAGAAUAAAUAGAAGAAAAAUUCAAUGGAGGGUAUUUAAGAGGAUUUGACUGAUGCUCAAAAUUAUUAGAAUUAGCAAUUCAAAAAUUCUAGCGAUGAGAAACCUUCAAAUACUAAAAGUCCACCAGGAAAGCAAUAAAACUAAACUCAUCAGAGCAGUAAUCCUUAACAGUAGCAGAGGGGCUCUACCUAUACAGCCAGCACUUAGAGUAGAUAUCAAGAUGAAGAAGAACAAUAAUUUGAGUUAUACAUCGAAUAGUUCAGAAAGAAUCUUGAAAUUAUAAACAAUAAUGUGGGGGUUGUGAGGAACUCCAAACUCAGACCUAACUAUGGUCUUGAGUGGAUUGAAGAACUCAGAAGAAGACUUAAGCUAUCGAACUUUUCUAACGGGAAGAUUGAGAGCACUGGAAAAGUACAAUCUGAGAAAUCCGCUGCUGUUCCUUGCGCAGGUUUUUGA